AUGGGCAAGGCGGCGCGCUGGCUGCGCAGCUUGCUAGGUGGCGGCGGCGGGAAGAAAGACAAGGAGCAGGGGAAGGAGCAGAGGCGGCCGGCCACGGCCAACGCUCCAGCACCGAACGCCGACAGGAAGCGGUGGAGCUUCUGCAAGUCCUCGCGUGACUCGUCCUCCGAGGCGGAGCCGUCUGGCGUCGGCAACGCGGCGAUCGCGCGCGCGGCCGAGGCGGCGUGGCUCAAGUCCCUCUACAAGGACACCGAGCGGGAGCAGAGCAAGCACGCCAUCGCCGUCGCCGCCGCUACCGCUGCCGCGGCUGACGCGGCCGUCGCCGCCGCGCACGCCGCCGUGGAGGUCGUGCGGCUCACCAGCCAGGGCCCGGCCUUCUCCGGCCCCUUCGCGGACCCCCGCGGGCGCGCCGCCGCCGCUGUGAAGAUCCAGACCGCGUUCCGAGGAUACCUGGCGAAGAAGGCGCUGCGCGCGCUCAAGGCCCUGGUGAAGCUGCAGGCGCUGGUGCGCGGCUACCUGGUGCGCAAGCAGGCGGCGGCCACGCUGCAGAGCAUGCAGGCGCUCGUCCGCGCGCAGGCCUCCAUCCGCGCCGCCCGCUCGCUCGCCGCCGGGCUGCCGCACCUCCGCCUCAACAACCACACCACGCCCGCCCCCCUCCGGCCGCCGCGCUACUCAUUGCAAGAGCGGUACACCAGCACGGACGACACGCGGAGCGAGCAGAGCAGCGUGGCGGCGUACUACAGCCGCCGCCUGUCGGCCAGCGUGGACUCGUCGUCGUGCUACGACCGGAGCCCCAAGAUCGUGGAGAUGGACACCGGCCGGCCCAAGUCCCGAGCGUCCUCGCUCCGGACGAGCCCGCCGGCGACGUCCGAGGCCGACGCCGCCGAAAACUGCUACGCCUACCCCUACUCGGUGUCCUCGCCGCUCCCACCGUACCAGCUCCUCCCCGGCGCGCCCCCGCGGAUCAGCGCGCGGCACUUCCCGGACCACGAGUGGUUCGAGAAGGCCCGGCCGGCGACGGCGCAGAGCACGCCCCGGUACUCCAGCCUUGCGCCGGUGACGCCGACGAAGAGCGCGUGCGGCGGGUACGGCAACAGCCCGUCGUCGUCGGCGCUCAACUGCCCCAGCUACAUGUCGAGCACGCGGUCGUCCGUGGCCAAGGUGCGGUCGCAGAGCGCGCCGAAGCAGCGGCCGGAGGAGCUCAUUCCGCGGAAGAGGGUGCCGCUGAGCGAGGUGAUCAUCCUGCAGGAGGCGAGGGCGAGCCUGACUGGCGUGCCGCAGAGGCCGUCGUGCAACCGGCCGGCGGCGCAGGAGGAGGCGUUCAACUUCAAGAAGGCCGUGGUGAGCCGCUUCGACCGCUCGUCGGAGGCCGCGGCCGACCGGGACCGGGACCGGGACCUGUUCCUGCACAAGGGGUGGUGA